AUGCCGGCGCAGCAGAAGAAGCUGCUGUUCUGCACAGCCGGGGUGCUGAGCCUGGCCUGCGCGCUGGGCACGGCGGCGGCCGUGGGCAGCCAGCUCUGGGUGAGGGGCUCCAUCCUCUGCAGCACCGGAGCGCUGCUCGUCAACGCCAGCGGCCCGGAGCUGCACAAGUUCAUCGGCGACAUCCAGUACGGGCUCUUCUCCGGGCAGCGAGUGCGGCAGUGCGGGCUCGGGGGCAGACCCUUCCAGUUCUCAUUUUUUCCAGAUUUGCUCAGAAUUAUCCCUGCAAGUAUCCACGUCAGUGUCAUUCUCUUUUGUACAGUACUGAUUGUCUUUGCCCUGGUGGGAGCAGGGUUCUUCAUGUUCAACGCCUUUGGCAGCCCCUACGAGACGCUGCACGGCCCCGUGGGGCUCUACCUGUGGAGCUUCAUCUCCUGGAUUGCUGAGGUAAUGAGCAUCUCCCCCUCCCUUUCAGGUUCCUGUGGUUGCCUCAUCAUGAUUCUCUUCUCCUCAGAGGUGAAGAUCCACCACCUUUCAGAGAAAAUUGCUAAUUUCAAAGAGGGAACUUUUACAUUCAAAACUCACAGUGAGCAGUUUGCAAAUUCCUUCUGGACCAUCCUGGUUUGCUCCCUGGUGCACUUCCUCAAUGCCCUGCUAAUCCGAUUUGCUGGAUUUGAAUUUCCCUUUUCAAAAUCAAAAGAGUCAGGGACAAUCACAGGAGCGGUUGACUUGAUGUAUUAAAAUAAUGGGAUUUAAGAACAUUUCAAGCAAAGAAAUUUGUCACUAUUGCAUCAACAACCACCAGAUGUACCAACUUGUGAAUGAUUGCUGUAGAGGAGGUUAAAAAAGGGAAGUUUCAAAUAAGUGUUAAUGUGGUGUAAACAGUGUAAUGUCUGUAUGGAAAAGCCCUCUUUCUUGGGAUAAGGUCUUAUUAAGACAUUUUUUCCUGUAAACUGUUUUAAAAGUGGCUGGUAUGAAGAAAAAUAGAAAUCUCAGUAGGAUUGCACUGAAUCUGGCAAGUCCAAUCAAUGGGUUGCAGUAGAAGCACACACUCACCAGCAGCAGCUCUACCUUCAGCCCUGGAGAAGGCGAGGAUGCAGCCGUGACCACAGCAGAGCAGCAGGGCCAAGGACACCCAGCAAGAGACAGGACAAUGCCCAGGCUCUGCCCCAACACCCCUCAGACUUCAGCACAACGGCAGUGCUCAGAGGGCACAACCCAAACACCUGCACUUUGAUCUGCCCUCACAUGCAUGGCAACAGCAUCAUUUCUCUCCAUGAAACUCUCUGGGUUUUUUCCUUUUAACAAACCAAACUGUGCUCCAAAUCCAAAGUCCUGGGAGCCCUCGUUUCCCCAGCAGUUGCUGCAGCUUGGUGACAAAGCUGACACAGCACAGCAGAUGCAGGGGAGAUGCCACGUGCUUCUGCUUGCCUGAGGGAGGCAGCCAGGCUUGGCAGUGCUGAGCAAACCCUCUGCAGCUCAUCAGGCAAAGAGCAUUUCCCAGGGCAGAGCCACAGGAGUGAGCCCAGGCACCUCCACCUUCCACUGCCCUCUCCAGAGACCAGCCCUGCAAAUUCUCAUCAAACAAUACCAAUAAACCCACCAGAACCCCUGGUGAAGGGCAGCAAUAGCACAGCAGACAGGCUCCCCUGCAGGAUGCAGCUCAGCAGGAACUGAGGAGCAAACACAGGAGGAUUUGGCAUGGGAAGCCAGAACAGUUGGACACAUCAGUCCUCACCCCUGGACAUCCCCAAGUCAGCUAAAGCACAAGAUGCUUCCCGAGGCAGAGCAUCACACCAC